GGUGUGUUAAAUGGGGCGUGGCCUGUGCGGGUGUGUUAAAUGGGGCGUGGCCUGUGCAGGUGUGUUAAAUGGGGCGUGGCCUGUGUGGGUGUGUUUGGGAGGGGCGUGGCCUGUGCGGGUGUGUUAAAUGGGGCGUGGCCUGUGCGGGUGGGCGGAGCCUCACUGUCCCCGCCCCCCCGAGGUGGUGGUGGCCACCAACAUCGCGGAGACGUCGGUGACGAUCGAUGGCAUCGUCUACGUGCUGGACCCCGGCUUCUGCAAACAGAAGAGCUACAGCGCCCGCACCGGCAUGGAGUCACUGGUGGUGACACCGUGUUCCAGGGCCUCAGCCAAUCAGCGCGCAGGCCGCGCCGGCCGCGUGGCUCCCGGGAAAUGUUUCCGUCUCUACACGGCCUGGGCGUUCCAGCACGAGCUGGAGGAGACGGCGGUGCCCGAGAUCCAGAGAGCCGACCUGGGGUCACUCGUGCUGCUCCUCAAGAGCCUGGGUGAGCCUCUGGGGACACUGGGGACACUGGGGUGACACUGGGGACACUGG